CGAAAAAAUGGCGUCCGGUGCUUUAUUUGGUUCUGCUGCCACUGGCGGUAGAUCUGGAAGCAAGAAUUUGGUUGAAUUUCGUGCCGGGAAAAUGUACUUGAAGGGAACAACAGUUACCCCUGACAAGCGUAAAGGAUUGUUGUAUAUUCACCAGUCGGACGACUCCCUGGUUCACUUCUGUUGGAAGGAUCGCACCACCGGGUCGGUGGAGGACGAUUUAAUUAUUUUCCCUGAUGAUUGUGAAUUCAAACGUGUUCCACAAUGUACCACCGGUCGUGUAUAUAUCCUGAAGUUCAAGUCCUCCAGUAGAAAGUUUUUUUUCUGGCUUCAGGAACCGAAAACUGACAAAGACGAAGACAAUUGUGAGAAAGUUAACGAGUAUCUAAACAACCCACCACCACCUGGUACAUCUAGUGGCAGUCGUUCUGGAGGUAUACCACCUGAACUAUCUGCUUUAGGAGGUGAAGGUGGUCUUGGAAUGCUGGGUAAUAUGGAUCAGCAACAGUUGAUGCAGUUACUUGGUGGAGGUGGCUUAAGUGCUCUAGGUGGAAUGGGAGGUUUAGGUGGACUUGGUUCUUUACUCAGUGAAGGAAGAGCUAGUAGUGCUCAGUCUACCUCUUCAUCUGUUCCAUCUCGUGUUCAAUCUUCUCCUGGUGGACAGAGACCAACUAGUAGUAGUAGGACAGCUAGUGGUACCGGUACUGCCAGUAGUGGCAGUGGUACAACUACCAGCCAGUCGCAGCAACGUCCUGCAACUGCUGCAGCAGCCCUGCCAACACAAUCACCAAGACAACCAAUACAGCUCAGUGAACUUCAGAAUAUACUUGGAACCAUGAACAUCCCAGCCAAUGAAGGAAACCAAGGUCAUCCUUCUGGAACAAACAUUGAUCUGUCUCAGGCUAUAUCCCCUGAAGUGAUGGCUCCAAUACUAUCUAAUCCUGAUAUAAGGCAAAGAUUAAUACAGCAUUUACCUGAAGGUGAAUCCCUACCUCAGGAUUCACAACAACUCAACAGCACUCUACAAUCAUCACAGUUCAAACAGGCAAUGAGUUUAUUUGGUGCUGCACUCCAGUCUGGUCAGUUAGGGCCAUUGAUGGGUCAGUUUGGUUUAAAUCAAGGAGCUGUGGAUGCUGCAAAUAAAGGAGACUUAGAAGCAUUUGUUGGUGCUAUGCAGAGUAAAGAUAGCAAGGAGCAAGAUAAAAAGAAAAACUCUGGAAAAGACGAUGAUGAUGCAAUGAGCCUAGACUAAGAACAAACUACUAGUAUCGCAUUUUUAUCUGGGUAUUAACAUUCUUUAGCAGUUGCCUGGGCACCCCUCAUUUUCAAAAUGUUUGUAUAGAACCUAGGCAUACUUUAAUUUAAUAAGAAUAUAUUGCUUGGGUGCUUGUUUUGGUGGGUGUUUAGCCAGUAUUAUUCCUUUAACAUUAACAAAUGGUUGACAUAAACAGAAAAUGUUUCUCAACCAUUGGAGAGAACAUGAAGCAUACAUGAUUCAAUUAAUAAAUAUAUACCAUAAUGUUAUAA